AUGGCACAGCAACUCGAUGCAAAAGCUCUCAUUGUCGAUGAGGCAUGCGGUCCAUUCAAACUUGUAGACCUAAAGCUUGAUCUGGGCAACCUCAAGCCGGACGAAGUCAUCGUUCGAUAUCAUCACACCGGUGUCUGCCAUACAGAUAUCCACUCUCGAUCCCACGCGACGCCUCAACUUUUGCCUGCCAUCUAUGGACAUGAGGGCGCCGGCGUUGUGGAGCAUCUUUCACCCUCUUACUCGGGCGCGCUCAAAGUGGGUGAUUCGGUCUUGGCAAGCUUCUGCAGCUGUGGAGGCUGCAACAACUGUCAAUCCAGUCGUCCAGCCUACUGCGAUAUAUUCGUUCCGAUGAACUUGGCAGGCUUCACUAAGGACAUGCAACAGGCCAGAGUGGCUUACACUGCACAAGAUGGCUCAAAGGGCGAGGCACUCAUCAAGUACUUUGGUCAAAGCUCCUUUUCGAGUCGAAUGAUUCUGACUAAGGUGAGCUCGAAUGUCCCAACCAAGCUCGUCUGCGCGCUGGCAUGCGGCUUUCAGACCGGUUUCGCAACCGUGUUCGAGAAAGCUCCAUCUGACCAGCCUCGUUCGUUUGAGCUGUUCGAGUCCGUUGGCGUGCCUGUUCCUGCCUCGGCCAGGUCCUCGAGCCGAUACGAACGCAGCAAGCAGACGCUCCUUGUAACUGGCAUGGGCGGUGUUGGUCUGGGUGCCAUCUUUGGCGGCAAGACGCUAGGCUUUGGCUCCAUCAUUGCGUGCGACCUGAACGAUAGUCGGCUCGAGCUUGCAAAGGAGAUUGGCGCCACGCAUGCGAUCAAUGUCAAGGGUCUGGACACUGCUGCUUUUGCAGCCAAGGUCAAGGAGUGCAGUGCUGAUUCGCGCGGUGCUUCGCUUGCCAUUGAGGCGUCUGGCUCGCCGAUCGCGAUGCGCAAUGUCAUCAUGGCACUUGCUGUGGGUGGCCGGUCAGUAGUAGUGGGCGCACCUCCGCCCGAAGCGCCGCUGCCCGUUCCCCACGCGCACAUUCUGGCUCAAGCGAGCUCGGUGGAAGGUCUGCUGAUGGGCAACUCGAUGCCUCAGGUGACGCUUCCUUUCUUGGUGAGCAAACUCGAGGCCGGUGAACUCGCCUUCUUGCAAAAGAUGGUCGCUGUCUACAAGCCCGAUGAGAUGAACCAGGCUGUGGCGGAUCAGGAGAGCGGCAAAGUCAUCAAGCCUGUCAUCGAGUGGAUCUAG